CUUGUUUACAUUUGCACGCCUCUACUGCACGAGUUGUCCCGUCGGACGGCCGGAGCUCCUAUUCCACCGUAUAAGUAAAAUAACACUCGUUUUUGACUGAUCAAGAUCGAAGAACUUUUACCUUCGUGUCAGCUUAUUUCUUUCUUUUGCCUUUUUAAAAAUUUAAAAACCCUAGUUGAAAGCAAUGAAGGAACGGCGAAAGCUGCCCAGCUCCAGAAAGGAGGAACAUUGAUGCAACUUUUGAACUUCCCAAUUAUUCCCUGAGUGUAUCAAUAAUUGUCCACCGGGUUUGGCGCCAUUUGGCUUAUUUUAUCAGGUAUAUGUCUAGAUGGCAAAGAGUUGGGAUGAGGCUCAUGAGCUUGGUAGUGAAUCAGAUGAUAGCUACGAUUUGGAGAGACUACACAUAGAACCCAUAUAUGAUUCUUUCAUAUGCCCCCUAACAAAGCAAGUGAUGCGUGAUCCUGUAAGCCUUGAAAACGGGCAAACAUUCGAGAGGGAAGCAAUCGAGAGAUGGUUCAAAGUGUGUAAAGAUAACGGGAGAAAUCCAGUUUGCCCUUUAACCCAAAGUGAGUUAAGAAGCUUAGACCUUAACCCAAGCAUAGCUUUGAGGAACACAAUUGAAGAAUGGAAUGCAAGGAACAAGGCCACUCAGCUUGAUACUGCCAAAAGAUUACUGUCUGUGGGAAGCAGAGAGAGUGAGAUUCUUAGAGCACUUCGGUUUCUCAAGAUUUACUGUCAGAAAAUUCGGUCCAAUAGGAUUGUGAUUCGGGAUACCGGGCUUAUACCAAUGGUUAUUGACAUGCUAAGAAGCAGCAGCCGUUUGGUUAGGUGUGAGGCUUUGGAAACCCUUAGACUUGUGGUCGAGGAUGAUGCUGAUAGUAAGUUUUCAGGAAAUAUUGGCGGAGGGUGAUACGGUGCGCACAAUAGUGAAAUUCUUAUCACAUGAAGAAUCAAAAGACAGAGAGGAAGCUGCAUCUUUGUUAUUUGAGCUAUCAAAAUCUGAGACUUUAUGUGAAAAGGUUGGGUUGGUCAACGGAGCAGUUCUUAUCCUAGUUGGGUUGGCAAGUAGUAAAUCGGAGAAUCUUUUGACAGUUGAGAAAGCAGAGAAAACACUGGAUAAUCUUGGCAAGUGUGAACGUAAUGUGAUGCAAAUGGCAGAGAAUGGUAGAUUACAAUCUCUAUUGACUGUGCUUCUAGAAGGAUCAACGGAAACAAAGCUUUCAAUGGCUGCAUUUCUGGGUGAGCUGGUGCUUGACAAUGAGGUGAAAGUCUUGGUAGCUAAGACUGCGGGUUCUUCACUCAUCGACAUCAUGGAACAUGGCACCAUGCAAGGCAAGGAGGCCAGUCUGAAAGCUCUGAACAAGAUCUCUUCAUACGAGGUCAGUGCCAAGAUCUUAGUCGGGUCGGGCAUCCUCCCCCCGCUCAUCAAGGACCUCUUCAGCGUCGGCACCAAUGCCCCUCCCAUGAGGCUAAAAGAAAUCUCUGCAACUAUUUUGGCAAAUGUUGUCAACUCUGGUUGCGACUUCCAUUCCGUCGUGGUGGGUCCUGGCAGCGGCGAGCAUCGAACUUUGCUAUCAGAAGACGUGGUCCAUAACUUUCUCCACCUGAUCAACAACACUGGACCCGCGAUAGAGUGCAAGCUCCUACAGGUACUCGUGGGUCUCACCAAUUCCCCCUCCACUGUGUCUAGUGUUGUUUCCACUGUUAAAAACUCUGGAGCUAUUCUCAGUUUGGUUCAGUUCAUUGAGGCUAUCCAGAAGGAUCUUAGGUUGGCUUCCAUAAAACUUCUCCAGAAUCUUUGCCCUCACAUGGGUCAGGAGCUUGCCAGUUGCUUACGUGGCUCAUCCAGCCAGCUCGGAAGCCUAAUCAGGGUUAUAUCCGAGGGUUUCGGAACUAUAUCUGAAGAACAAGCGGCAGCUGUCGGGUUCUUAGCUGAUCUCCCAGAGAGGGACAGCGGGAUUACAAAGUUGAUGUUUGAUGAGAAACUCUUCCAGCUAGUCAUAAUGAGAAUAGUCGGCAUCAGGCAAGGAGAGACGAGAGGGUCCCGCUUCGUGACCCCCUAUUUUGAAGGGCUUGUGAAGAUUCUUGCAAGAUUCACUUUUGUCGUGUCCACCGUUCCCGACAUUCUCUCCCUUUGUAGGGAAUACAACGUUGCUUCCCUUUUCAUUGAACUUCUACAGACCAACGGCCUUGACUACGUCCAAAUGGCAUCUGCCUCGGCUUUGGAGAAUCUAUCCAAGGAAUCUAAAAAGUUGACAAAACUGCCCGAGUUGCCCAAGCCCAGUUUUUUUGUAAUGGUCUUCUUCCCUUGUUUGAGCAACAAUCGUCCCUUGAUGACCGGGCUCUGCGGGGUCCAUCACGGGAUGUGUUCGUUAAAAGAAACGUUCUGCCUCGUGGAAGGGCAGGCGGUUCAGAAGCUGGUUGCCCUUCUAGACCACAUAAAGGAGGGAGUGGUUGAGGCAUCACUCGCGGCCCUUUCAACACUUUUAGAUGACGGGGUUGAUGUUGACAAGGGGGUGGAGAUGAUAUGUGAGGCUGAAGGGUUUGGGCCCAUAGUAGCCGUGUUGCUUGAGAAGCGUACCGAGAACUUAAGGAGAAGAGCAGUAUGGGCGGUUGAAAGACUUGUACGGACAGAGGAGUUGGCGUCUAGGGUUGCAGGUGACCCGAACACGACCACGGCUCUGGUGGAUGCUUUUCAGCACGGCGACUUGAUGACACGUCAGAUUGCUGAGCGUGCCCUGAAACACAUUGAUAGGAUCCCAAACUUCUCCAGCGUUUGCCAGAAAAAUGCGCUCGAAUGAUCACCAAAUGACUGUAAUAGUGGCCUGUCAUCUUGGCUUUUUUGUUCUGUCUAUAUCUUGUCUGUAAUAUCUUCUUAUUUGGUCCAUUUUGUACUCGCCAGAAUUGCAGUACAAGCUAUGAGUUCAAAUGUAUACGAGUCGAUUAAACUCCAAAAAUUUACGUAUGAGCAUAAGGACUUCGAGAUAGGUGGUCUCAAUGAAUGUUAAGCGAACUGACUUUAAUGUUCAAGUCAUUUAAGCUUUUAAGAUAGGAUUUUAAACUUUUGAUACAACAAACACAUUUUUAAAGAUGCAUGUUUUCCAGGAGCAUAAACACAGUUUAUGAUAAUAUUUUGAGAUCAUAAGUCAUAACAGGUACACUAAAGCUACCCGCACGGGUAGCUCAGUUGGUUCAGUGGUGGGAAAUUUGGACCAAGUGACCAAGGUUUGAAACCCGCAGCGGCCGUGUGGAGGUCACAGAACCUGAAAUAAAGUUGGAUCUCUGGUGCGCACGGGAAAAUGCCUACUAUCAUUGGGCCGACUGAGUCACCGUGAUUAACAUCCUCCCAAAAAUCUUGUCGGGUCGGGGUAUGGGGGGCUCCUGGGGUGAGAGAUUCCACCUUUUGGACCAAGGCACACUAAAGCUCAAAUAUUUUUGGAUCAAGGUAAUAAAUCAAUGGUGAGUUGGGGGUGACCACAAGCGUGUUACAUGAAUCAUCAGAAAUUGGGUGGACUAGUGAUGGGCUUGGGUCGGGUCGGUCCCGGUUCUAGGCCAAGACUGUCGGCCCAAAAAAAAUUGCUUGGGCCCGGGUCUGAAUCGUUUCUUAUUA